AUGCGUACAACUGCUCUGAGGAGGACGCAAAGGCGCAUUUCCCAUGCAAGAUGCAUCACAUCUGUGAGUGGCGAUUGCGCGAUUUUGCAUGAUGGGUUUCGUACAAAGCGGAGAAACUGUCGUUCAGCUGAGACGCCACGGCUGACCGGUUUAGUUUGCCUUUUUGCCUGUUACGAAUGGUGUAGUGCACAAUAUCACUAUUGGUCACCAUUUUAUACAUGGUGUAGCCGCAUGCAUUUCCCAAUCACUUGCAAGCGACGCUUUUUCUAUGGCGAAAUAAGAUGCCUAGAGUAUAGAUGUAUCGGAACAAAUUCCAUGACUGGUAUUGCGAAACUGUUGCUUGUCCAUCACCGAAUCGAAUGA